GAUCAUUGUGUUUGCAAGCCACGCCAAGCCUGAGUCGAAAAAGUGAAAAUUACAGUAAAGUGAUAACAAACAGUGAUUGAAUUCAUUGCUUUUAUCUGGAAUUAUUUAAAUUGAACUAUGAAACGAGAUAUCGAUGACAGUCAGGAUAACGAUCAACUCGAUGACGGAGGGAAUGAUAAUUCUGAUAAAAAACCUCAAAAUAAACGCGCCCGUAAUGAAGAGGAAGAAGUUCGUCUACUAAUCCCCAGCAAGAUGGCAGGAGCUAUUAUUGGCAAAGGUGGACAUAACAUCCAAAGGCUGCGGACCGAGUAUCAAGCCCAAGUGAAUGUAGGCGAUUGUACAGGCCCAGAACGUGUCAUCACCAUCGGCGGCGACAUGGAAACAGUCACCAAGGUGGUUAAGGACGUUAUGAAACACCUGGACAAGGCUGGAGACAACGAAUAUGAACUUAGAGUAUUAGUUCAUCAGAGCCUCGCCGGUUGCGUUAUCGGCAGAGGUGGCACCAAGAUCAAGGAACUUAAAGAUGAUAUCGGCUGCAGAUUGAAAAUUUUCUCCAAUAUUGCCCCGCAAAGCACGGACCGCAUUGCUCAGGCGGUUGGCAGCGAAGAACAAUGUUUGCGAGCUUUGAACGAAAUCAUAAACCUGAUUAAAGGAACGCCGAUCAAGGGUCCAGUCCACAACUACGAUCCACAUAACUAUGAUGAUAUGUAUGCCGAUGAGUACGGUGGCUAUGGAGUGGGUGGUGGCGGCGGCGGCGGCGGCGGCGGUGGAAGCGGUGGUUUCCGUAACGGUCGAGGAGGGGGCGGUGGAGACGGAGGAUUUGAUCGUCGGGACCGUUUCGAUGAUCGGCGUGGAGGUGGAGGUGGUGGUGGUGGCGGAGGUGGUCGGGGAUAUGACCGAGGAAAUGAUCGUGGAGGAAAUCGUGGUGGCGGUGGCGGCAUGAGAGAUCGUGAGUUCAUCAAUCCAUGGGCACAAAAUGUCAAUGGUAACCAAAUGGGCGGUGGCAAUUUUGGCGGAGGCAACGGAUUAGGAAUGGGUAAUUUGGGUGGAAUGAACCUUGGUGGAGGCGGUGGAAAUUUGGGCGGAUUGGGAAAUAUGGGCAAUCUCGCAAAUGGAAACAUGGGUGGGUUUGGUGGAAACAAUGGUAACAUGGACAACAAAACUUCAACACAAGUUACCAUUCCCAAGGAUCUGGCUGGUGCGAUUAUCGGCAAAGGCGGCGGUCGUAUUCGACGCAUUCGGAACGAGUCUAAUGCUUUCAUCCAAAUCGACGAAGCCUUGCCUGGAUCUACGGAUCGCAUCAUUACUAUUACUGGAACACCGAAAGAGAUUCAAGCUGCUCAGUAUAUGCUACAACAAAGUGUACGCGAAAAUCUUGCCGGCGGUGGAGGAGGAGCUGGAUUCAACCGGAACUAAAUGCAUUUAAAUCAGCGCUACCCACAGCAUACAAACAGAAACUUAAAUCCUAGAUGAUGGAUAAAACAUGUGUCUAGCGCAUGCAAGCAUAUAACUAUUAAAAAAGCCACCGGCUAAAAAGCAAAAUUGAACAGAAAAUAUGUAACUCUAGGAUAACUAUUUUACGUCAAAUGUCAUAUUUAGUUUAGUUUGUCACAUUUCAAACCGUAGCAGUAGCAGUCAGAAAAUUACUAUUGUUUCCCAGCUAUUCAAAAUACUAUUGCGAUAGCAACUUUCCAAAAUUUUAAUGUUUGGAUUACUUUUGUAUAUUUGGCAUUAUGGAAUCUAUUUUUUGAUACGAACAUUGCAUACACUGACGAGACUAUAGAAUGAAACAAAUUUUAUAUGAAUAUUCAACCUAUGUUCUCACAGAACUAUAAUGGAUGCCUGUAACAGACCCUAAACGGCCAGUCAUUCUUCAUAUGUAUAUUUUACAUACAUUUUUCGUAAUUCACGAAAACACAAGUAAAAGGAAAACUGAUGUCUUGUAAUAUUGUCCAAUUGUCCAGUACAAAACGUAACAAAAACAUUAUUCUUCAACCUAUUGAAUAAAGUAUUUACCAAGAAACCAAACAGCACCAAAACAAGUGAAAUUUGAAAGCGAGUUCGAUAUUCGAAUGUGUUUUUCUUUUUCAUUUUUACAAUCAAUAGGCAAUGAACUAUCAAAUUUAGUUACGGUAUUGAGAUGAGUACAAUCUCAAAAGUAUCUUAAUUUAUGUUUUGAGUUCAAUAAAGGAUAAUAAA